AUGAUUUUUGUCCCUUUGAAGACCAAGGACUCAACACUUUUCCAUUUGCAAUCUUCUACAAUUAACAGCUUUGUGCAACUUUGCAAGAUUCAAAUGGUAACACCCACUGAAGAAGAUGACAAAAAGAAGGUCACACUUUGUAGGUUUGGAUCUUCUUCAAGUGUUGAUCUUCUUGUCUUCAAGAACAGAAAAAUAAGGUGUUGUAUAGGUGACAAAUUACUGAUUUACCCUUUUCACAUAUGGAGAUUUGAAGGAGACUUUCACUAUGCAUCCCAACUGGUCGAUGAAAUGCUUGAACCAGGAUGUUUCAUUUGAUGGGUGAUUUGUCCAAAUGUGAAGAUAAACAAAGUUCAGUUUUUUUCUUGUGGAAACAUGGCAAAAAGAAAGUUAAAGUUGUUGAGGUAAGGACACUAAGACCUACUGAGUUGAACAAGUUGGAUGUGCAACUAAUCAGAUAGCUACCAUACUUUUAUCAACUCAGACCUAACCCUGUUGUUUAUAGACAAGGCUGAAUGAUUAGUAAGGCUACCACCAAAUACUUAUUUCUCACUACAUACUGAUAAACAAGAUGGAACACGAAAUGGUUGAUUUUCCUUACAUCCCCUUUCCGUUUCUGCACUUUAAAACAAACAUUAUGUCGCUAUGCAGCUCUUUUGACUUCUCCCCAAAAGUUUCUAUGCAAUGUACCUUGUACAGAAUGGGCUGAUUGAUCUUUCAUCAACUACUAUACCCUGUAGUGAGUUGGCUUCUCAUGGUGCUAAUGAGCACUCUGAAACCCACAAUGGUAAUCUUAUUGGAAAUGGGUGAAAGUGCGUUGCUAUUAGAUGGUGUAAUCUAAAAUUGAAAUUAUGCAUUGUUUGUUAGUGAUAGAAGAUGGAAGGCUGCAUCACAACAGUAAUUGAUGAAAUUACCAACCUUAUUGAUAAGAUGCUGCUUUUUACCGCCUUCAAGCUGCGCGGAGUCGUGAGUCGGUUAACUAGCAGGCUACGGCUGUACCGGGGGUACCGCCUGGAAAGGUCUCCUUGCACAAUAGGAAACGAAUGAGAAGAAAUUGAAGCUUUGAAAAGGCAUCAAAUGACACUUUUGGUCAACUGGAAGAGACAAAAAGUGGACGAGAUUAUUGGUGAAUGUGCCAAAUGAGCAGUAUUGGAAUCCGGUUAUACCCAACGGAAGUUCUUGGACUCCGAUGACUCCAGGGAAACUGAUCUAUCACAGAAUCAAAUUUUAUCAAAACCGUGUUGCACAAAGGAACUUGAACCCUUAAAGAAUCAGCAAUGCCCUACAUUUAAUUUGGACAUGAUCCAUGAUUACAACUCAAAGCAAUUGCCUUAAGAUGGAUUUUGCAGUACACUUGAGGAUCCGGGGAAGAAGAUUGUUGGAACUUAUUAUCAUUGCUUACAGAAUAUGGAACACUAUGUCUAGAGAUACAAUACUACUAGCUCUUCAGAGCCCUGAGGUGUUGUAGAGAUGACAAAUUAUUGAUUUACCCUUUUCACAUCUGGAUAUGGACCCCUGGAUGUUGGGACAAGACUUCAUGCUGCAGAAGGAUCAUCUUGCUAACAAAUGAAGGAUGAGAUUUCUCUCUUUCGUGACAUGAAUUUUUAGCUUUUCAGGGUAAAGCAUCCUUGAAAAAAAUAUAAUUAUUAUAGCAUUGUACUUUUUAACUUUUUUUUUCAAGAUGUUAUAUAAAAUUUUGAAGAGCAUUUACAC